AUGGCGACGUCUCUGCUUUUUUCUCCUCAUAUCUCUCCUCCAACCUUCGCGAAUCGCGAACUGAGUCUUGGUAGUAUGGGCCUCUUUAAGUCCUCUUUCUUCUGCAACCCUAAGCUUAUCUUUUCCUCUUCUCCUCCUAAAACGCGAGCAAACCCAUUUCCAAGAUGUUGUUAUAAGUCUCCGUUGGCGAAAUCUCUCGACCACAUACCGAAAGAGUUCAGAGGAGAAAAUCUUAAAGAUGGAUUGAUGGACAACUACAAGAAUGCCCCUCAAUAUCUUUACGGUCUUACUCGUUCACAGAUGGACAUGUUCAUGACAGAAGAUAAUCCUGUUCGCCGACAAUCAGAAAUAGUGACCGAGGAUAGCAUCUCAUCUGCCAACAAUUAUUUGAAUAAUGGUGGAAUGUGGAGUUUAUCAGGCAUGAACGAUAGGGGUCCUUCAAAAUACAGUAUGAGUGUAAGCAUGUAUCGUGGGGGAGCCAGAGGAUAUGGAAGACCGAGAACUGCUCCACCUGAUUUGCCAUCUUUGCUUUUAGAUGCUAGAAUUGUCUAUUUAGGCAUGCCAAUUGUGCCAGCUGUAACAGAGCUUCUUGUUGCUCAGUUCAUGUGGUUGGAUUAUGAUAACCCAUCAAAGCCUAUUUAUCUUUACAUAAAUUCAUCUGGUACACAGAAUGAGAAGAUGGAGACUGUUGGAUCUGAAACAGAGGCAUAUGCCGUUGCUGACACCAUGGCAUACUGCAAAUCAGAUGUCUACACAGUGAAUUGUGGCAUGGCAUAUGGUCAAGCAGCAAUGCUUCUAUCACUUGGUACCAAGGGCUAUCGUGCUUUACAGCCAAAUUCCUCCACAAAAUUGUAUCUGCCAAAAGUCAAUAAGUCAAGUGGGGCUGUCAUAGAUAUGUGGAUUAAGGCGAAAGAACUAGAUGCCAACACAGAGUACUACAUCGAACUCUUAGCAAAAGGAAUUGGGAAACCAAAAGAAGAAAUUGAGAAAGACAUCCAGCGUCCCAAAUAUUUCCAAGCACAAGAGGCCAUUGCCUAUGGCAUUGCUGACAAGAUAGUUGACUCGAGAGAUGCUGCAUUUGAGAAACGGGUAAUCUUUUGA